UUGAAGAAAGGUGGUAAUGCUGUUGAUGCUGCCAUCGCUACAACCUUUUGUAUGGGUGUUGUUAAACCCCAACUAACUGGGGUUGGUGGUGGUUUGUUCAUGUUACUAAGGGACUCAAAAAGCGGCGUUGUGGAAGCAAUAGAUGGUAGAGAGACUGCACCGCUUCUAGCAAAUAAAACGAUGUUCGUUGGGAGGACGGACGAUUCGAAAUUAGGUCCAUUGUCGAUAGCAGUACCAAGCCUUGUACGAGGGCUAUGGACAGCAUUUACAAAGUUCGGAUCUGAGCAAGUGAAAUGGUUUGACCUCCUGACACCGUCCAUAAAACUAUGCAAAGAAGGUAUCGUCGUUACAGACGAAUUGGGAAAAGAUAUAGGAUUUGUCAUUGAAUUGAUUCAAAAUGCUGAAAAAGAAUAUCCACAGGAAGCACCUUUUCAUAACAAAGCUGAAGGAAGACCUUAUAAAGCAAGAGACAUAAUGUUUAGACCAAAAUAUGGAGCAACUUUACAGCAAAUAGCUACUGACCCAUUAAGCUUGGAUAGAACAAUUGCAAACGAAAUCCAGAAAAUGGGUGGAAUUAUAACAGAGCAAGAUUUGAAAAGCUACAAUGCCAUUGUAAAAGAUCCAUUGGUGACACAUCUCGAAAAUGGAGAUCUCAGUGUGUAUGGUAUCCCUCCACCAUCAAGUAGUGCCGUCUUGCAAUAUAUACUGAAUAUUUUAGAUGGAUAUAACUUUAACAGCACCGACUGCUCUGAAAUUGACUUUGAAAGUGACUCUACAUCUGUUACUUGUCAUCAUCGUCUCAUAGAGAGUUUUAAAUGGGCAUAUGCAAAACGAGCCAAAUUAGGCGAUGAGGAAUAUGUUGACCAAAAAUAUAUUCUUCGUGAAAUGCUGUCUCAGACAACUGCCGCACAAACCAGAGCUAGGAUAUUCGGUGACAAGACCUUUCAUCCUUCGUACUAUGGAGAAACAUUCUAUGACAGACUCACUAAAGGAACUGCUCAUACUUCUAUAGUUGAUGAAAAUGGUGGCAUAGCAGCCUUCACCUCAUCCCUCAAUUUUGGAUUUGGCUCUGGCUUAGUGGGAAAUACGACUGGGAUUGUUUACAAUAACGAGAUGGACGACUUCUCUACUCCUUUCACAAAGAAUUUACAUGGCUUUGUUGCAUCUCCUGCCAAUUUUAUAAAACCUGGAAAACGCCCAUUAUCGUCGAUGGGACCAGUGAUCAUUUUGAAUUCUACUUCUAACAAAGUUAAACUUGUACUAGGUGGUAUUGGGGGAUCUAGAAUACCUACAGCCACAGCAUAUGUAGCCGUCCGGCAUUUGUGGCUUGGUGAAGAUAUACAAACUGCCAUAUAUAACCCAAGAUUACACCAUCAGCUUCUGCCGAACACAAUCAUUCAAUUCGGUGAUUUUCCAAAAAAUAUCUUACGAGGUUUAUCCAGUAUCGGUCAUAGCAUAAGAGAAGAGUAUGAUUUUAUGGGUAUGAUACAAGGAAUAGCUGUGAUAAAUGGCACUUUAGAAGCAGCGUGUGAUUAUAGAAGGAUUUGUGGAACAGAUGGAUAUUAAUAAGUAAAUGUCCCAUAUCUUGCAAGUUUACUUAGAUGACAGGAUGUGGUGAUUUAUAGUUGUAAAUAGCUAGAUUUCUAAGGAUAGAUCAUCCAACAAGUACAUAUACGCAUCAUGUUAAAGCAUGACAUCUCAUUUCUUCUCAGCCCUGGGGUGUUUCAGGUGAA